UUGAGGCUCCCACAUACACAAAUUUGCUAUCAAAGCAAACCCAAAAUGAAGGUGUCCUCCAGCAGCUGUCAGUCAGAACAGACGGUGUCGGUGGUUUGCAGCCCCUCUCUCAAUGGGUUUGCCCGCUGCAUGACAAGUGAAGCAGUUGUAAACAGUAUAUAUCAGCUGGGAGCCUGCGAGCUGCUGUCUCACUCGGGUUCACCGUGCAGGAGGAGGAAUGGCAGGCUGGGGGGGCUUCUUCUUUUCUCUCCUCAACUACAAGACGGAGAAAUAUGUCAUCGCCGAAAACAGGAAAAUCGGAAUAUUAUUCAGACUGUAUCAGCUCGCCGUGCUGGGAUACAUAAUCGGGUGGGUGUUUGUGGUGAAGAAAGGUUACCAGGAGAGAGAAGAGGCCAUCCAGACCUCAGUCAUCACCAAGCUUAAAGGGGUCACACUGACCAACAGCUCCGAAACAGGGCUUCACCUGUGGAGCGCCGAGGACUACGUCAUACCACCGAAUGGCGAGCAGGUGUUCUUCAUAGUAACAAAUUAUAUAGAAACCCCCAAUCAGAGGCUUGGAUUCUGUGCUGAGAGUUAUAAGGUGCCAAAUGGACGGUGUCAAAGUGAUGAUGACUGCGUGGAGGGGGAGACUGUAAUAGCUGGCCAUGGUAUCAAGACUGGCUUGUGUAUGAACAGCACAGGGACCUGUGAGAUUCACGCCUGGUGUCCUGUGGAAUACAGCAAGAGACCCACAGAGGCUUUACUGAGUGAAGCGGAAAACUUCACCAUCUACAUCAAGAAUUUCAUCAGGUUUCCAAAGUUUGAAUUCUCCAAAUCCAACGUCUUUGAAACCUCUGAUGAAAACUACCUGAAAAGAUGCUCCUUCGACAGAGAGGAACAUCUGUACUGCCCCAUCUUCCGCCUCGGGGAUCUGGUCAGCUGGACUGGACAUGACUUCCAGGAGAUGGCACAGAAGGGUGGGUCUGUCGGUAUUCUCAUCGAGUGGAACUGCGACCUGGAUAAGGACUCUUCACAGUGUAAUCCACACUACAGCUUCACCCGCUUGGACAUGAACUUAAACAACUCUGUCACAUCAGGAUACAACUUCAGAUAUACGAGGUAUUACAAGGAUCAGAACGGGGAGACCUAUCGCACUUUGUAUAAAGUGUAUGGGAUUCGCUUUGAUAUAAUGAUCAAUGGCCAGGCUGGGAAAUUCAAUAUUGUUCCCACCAUAAUUGCCAUUGGUUCGGGUGUUGCUCUGCUGGGUGUGGGAGCCUUUGCAUGUGAUAUGAUACUACUGUACUUGAUGAACACGAGCUCCUACUACAGAGAGAAGAAGUUUGAAAUCAUCAACUUUAAGAAAGACCGGACCAAACUGAAGGAUGGGAAGACGGGACACAGGGAAAAGAGAUCCAGGAAACCAGGUGCAGACAAAGGGGCCGCCAACUCCUCCAAGAAACCAGAAGAAGCUGAACCUGCUCUGGAAUCUUCUCCCACUGCAGAGGGCCAGCGGGGUCCCACCAUUCCACGCAACACGGGACAACGGUACUCUGCCGUCCUCUCUACCCAAGGCGGCGGAGAGCCAAAGCAUCACAUCACUUUCUCUUCACUUAAUUAAAUACGCAGGCAGAGCAAGACAAAUCACCCGCAGUGGGCUCAGUUAUGUCGCAAGAGGUGGAACUAAAAGUUGGACUGAUGUCUACUUCUCACUUAUUGGCACAACUGCUGGCAUGCCACUAGCCUGAGUGAUGCUUGCCCUGACUGAAGAUAUGUUGGUCCAGAGAAAUGUUAAUAAUCCGCACUGUGCAAACGAGGCCGGAUGCUGAUAUAAAAAUACAUGAUAAGGUGGUUUUUAACGGUGGCUAGUUUAGAAUCCAGAGGUGGGAUGUGGGAGAUUACAACAGGUCCAUGAAUAGAUACACAAAAGUACUGUGGUAAUGCUGAUGCAGAUAGCAGAGUGAUAUUAAAUUAUUCAUCUAAGAGAUUUACUAAAUGUUUGCCAAAUGCUGAUUUACAAAUUGACAGAAUUAAUACUGUCUGUUUCAUGUCGUAUAAUCGAUUUGCUUUUUUGGGUUGUUGAUCAGUCUAAUUAAGCAAUUUGAGUAAUUUUUUUGUGAUUUCAUGGAAUAUCACAGCAAAAACACUACUAGACAUGACAGAUACAUUAAGACUGUAUGUACCUCAAGUAAAGGUAAAAUAAACAUUGUACACUAUUAAAGAAAUCAUUUCUGCUAAGUCGAUCAGCAAAGAAAACAUUUAAAUUAAAUGUAAAGUCAUGAGAAAUUAUUUUGUAAGCAUGGGUUCUGUACUUGGAAGCGAUUGAAAACGUGUGAACGGUCUUAACUGUAUUUAGGUUGAGUGCUUCGUGUCCCCUUGUUGUGACAGCCAUUUGAGCGUACUGUUAACACACUGCUGUAUGUUAAGUUGGCCGUGCGAUGGCUACAACACAAUCUUAUACACGACAGAAUGUAUUUGUGAAGCUGUGACGUCCCACUGUGAGUCUACUGCUGAGUGUUAAUGAAUGGUGCAAGAUGCUUCAGUGCAUGUUUCCAUUUGUUGAAUGGUCAAAUGUAACUUGUCGUGUUGAUUUCAUGUCAACAAAUGUCACUGCCUGACAGACAAACUGAUUAAUAAUAUAUACAAACUAGUUGUACAGAGGUAUUUAUUUCAAUCAGGUAUCAGAGGUGUUUAAACACAGUAUUGUACAUAAAAUGUAAUGGCAAGUGUG